AUGCCUCAUUUGAUCAGGGUCACCUUUGGUGUGUCAAAAAGUCUAAAGGGUCUCCAGACAACGGCAAUUGAAAAUGUACGUGGAAAUACGGUUGGUCAACGAAAGGUGAAGGCUGACCUGAUAUUACGGAACUUGAAGAGGAAAUACAACACCAAAUCCAAUGAUGUCUCGCAGAAUAAAUUGAAGAGAACGGCGGAUGCAAGUGGCUAUGAUGAUAUCAUCCUUGCCAAAAGGCCAAAGCUUGACCAAGCCAUCCAAAAGGGUUUGAAGCAAAAGGCAAUCGAAGUUACAUCUGGUGUUAUUAUCACUCGCGAAGAAUCGGUUUCGAGACAGGCGUCGGAGAAGGGCUUCGAGAAACAAAAUGAUAGGGGCCCAUCGGAUGAUUUGGGUCUUGACCAGGGGGUUGAAUCCGACGCUGAGGUCCAGGUCCAGGCUCACCAAGAAAUCACAGCAAAGAUCCUUUUUACCAGACCGUCUAUGGUCAAUGUUAAACCUGCAGGCAUUACCGCUACCGCUUUCAGCAUUCACGAAGACCUCCUCACCGUUCACAUCCCCUUUCUCGCCCAGGCCAUACUGCCCAGCAGCCAGCCAUCAAACUCAAUGCGCCAGCUAAAUCUCCCAUCCUGGAUCAACUACAUGGAUUUCACUAUACUCGUGUCAUGGCUCCACACCGGUACCCUACCCAUGAUCGACAUCGAUUCUCCAUCCUCCCGGUUUAUACAUUGCCAUCUAGCAAACCUCUGGAUGUUAGGGCACAGUCUCUCCAUUCCUGCAUUCCAAAAUACGGUUAUGGAUUCCCUGAGAAAGCUUUGUGCCGAGAACCAAACAGGCGGCUUCAACUAUGCAUGGCCUAGCUUUCUGCAAGCAGAGGAGAUUUAUCAGCGCACUGCAGUGGGUGCCAAAAUCAGAGCAUUUGCUGCUGCGGCGCUGUCAUUCAAGAGACCAGUUGAUAAGAUGGGUGAGGACAGCGAGGCGUCGAGAAGAUGUUUUAAUGUAUGGAAGCGGACCCCAGAGCUUUUUGUUGACCUAUGCCAGGCUAGUCUGAGACCAGAAUGCCCAUGGCAUGACGAGGCAAGAAAAAUGUGGACGGUUAAGGAAGAUUUGAGCUUGAAAUACAAAUGGGAGGAGUUGGCGAAGGGAAGAAAGCUAACAAGGGCCAAAGUCAAGGGUUGGAACGGGGAGACUUUGAGGGAGUUGACAAUGAUUUUGUGA